UUACAGUUAGAUGUGCAAGCCGUACAGCUGACGAUCACUUUUUUUUAAUUUUUGGUUGUCAAAAUCGUCGUCGGCAUGUUUGACCCAUCGACUUACAUCUCUAAUUAUGAUCGUUCUUUGAAAAAUAUAUAGAAAACUCUAGUUUUAAUUGGAAAUGCAUGAAUUCAAAUAAUCGAACUUAUUAAUAUGACAAGAAAGAUUUUAAACAAAAAACGAUAUUUAUUAUUUUUUAGAAUCAACAUCUAGUCGUCAAGUAUUUAAGACAAAUCAAUUACCACCAUUUACAAUAUCUGAAUUUAAAUAUUCUCCAAUGCAUAUUCGUCUAUUACAUAGUGUUUUUGAUUCAAUCGAAGUUGAUAUUCGUUUAUGGAGAUCUUCUAGUGAUUCAACUAAAUCAAUAACUGACGCAAUAAAUAAUCCAGAUAAUCAAAUAUUUUGUGCUAAUCAUGAAAUUGAAUUAUUAGAAAAUACGGAAGGUUUAUCACCUAAAGAUGCAUUAAAAAUUUUAAAACAUGUUAUGAGUUUAUCAGAUUUAUUUAUACUUGCAAAUACGGGAAAAUUUUCUGAACUUGAACAAGAAAAAAGUAUGCCAAAUGGUGAAAUAUUACGACAAUGUCUUCGUUUAUGUAUGUGA